GCCCACUGAGCUUGUGGGGAGCAUCUGAGAGAUGACAUCACCUGUCUCCGUGCUCUGCCAGCCAGCUGUGACUGCUGAGGUGUGAAUUCCGUGUCGGAGCGUGACCCUCCCCGAUAAAUAGGGGUGUCGGUGCGCCCCGUCCCGCAGAGCAUCCGUGGGGCUGAGCCUUCCCUGAGGAUGGGAGCCCCCCUGCUCCCAUGGCUGCUGCUGCUGCUGCUGUCCCACUGUGCCCACGCAGCCAUCCUGGAGGUGAAUGGGAACCUGAGCUGUAGGUGUGCCAAGACAACCUCGGAAUACAUCAGUCCCAAGAAAUACGAGAGCAUUGAGAUAAGGCCUGUGGGCAGCAGCUGCAGGCGCACGGAGAUCAUAAUUAAACUAAGAACCUCAGGGAAGGUGUGUGUGAAUCCCGAAGCCCCCUGGGUAAAGAAGCUGCUGAAGCGCAUCGCCAGCACGAAGAAAAAAUAAGUUUCCUGCUAAGGAAGUUGGUGCCCAGAGCCCCGAGGCGGGCUGGCAGACGAUGCCCAGGUGUGCAGACCUGGCUGCUCCUCACUUUGCCCUCGCUUCUUCUCCUCCCCGAAAGCCCCACGUCUGGCUCUGGGGGCAGUGGCUGUGGGGACAGUGGCUCACUGCUGGCCCCAGCCCCAUGGCAGGUUUGUGGGGGGGUUCUCCCCUGCUCUUGGUCCCUGGAUCAACGUGAAUGUGAAUCAAUCCUUCAUUGGUUUAGUUGCCUGUGGACUGCGAAGCUCUUCCCUGGCAGGGGCUGCUCCUGCUUCUUUAGGAAUGACUUUGUGACUUUUUCCAUGUGAAGUGCUUGGUGACGGAGCGUGUGUCUGAGGGUUCUGUGGCACAGCGUGGCAUGUCCUUUUCUGGAAGCUCAAGUCCAAUAAAUUUCAGGGUUUUCCUUUC